UCACUUAACACACUAAUAAUCAAUACACACACACGACCAUGAAAUCCAUUUUGCUCAUUCCGGUAUUAUUUACUCUUGUUGUCACUUUCGUUUUCUCACUUCUUUUGGGAGAAACUAAAGCAGCUCAAGCUGGUGGGAGCAAUAACAAUGGCCUUUAUAUCGUCUACAUGGGAGCUUCACCCUCAACCGAUGGUUCCUUAAGAGAUGACCAUGCUAAACUUAUCAACUCUUUGUUCAGACGGAAAGCAAAUGCACUAGUUCAUACCUAUAAGCAUGGAUUUUCUGGUUUCGCGGCUCGUUUAUCAGAAGCAGAAGCACAAUCAGUGGCUCAAAAACCUGGUGUGGUGUCGGUUUUUCGUGAUCCCAUUCUAAAGCUCCACACAACUCAUUCAUGGGAUUUUCUCAAGUACCAAACAGCUCUUAAAAUCGACUCCUUUCCCAAAGAGAACUCCAGCUCUUUCUCUUCUUCUGCUUCAUCCAACGGUGGAGACACCAUCAUUGGUAUACUGGAUACGGGUAUUUGGCCGGAAUCAAAUAGUUUCAGCGAUGAAGGAAUGACUCCCAUUCCAACUGGCCGGUGGAAAGGAAAGUGCAUGGCUGGCCAUAACUUCAACUCCUCCAAUUGUAACAAGAAGCUGAUCGGGGCAAGAUUUUACGAUGAAGAAGAUGACGAUAUGCCGGAGGAGUACCAAACGGCAAGGGAUUUAGUCGGGCACGGAACACAUGUGGCAUCCACAGCAGCGGGGACUACCGUCACAGGUGCCUCCUACUAUGGCCUGGCAACGGGGACAGCCAAGGGUGGAUCACCUGGUUCGAGAAUCGCGGUCUAUAGGGUCUGCACGCCAGGGUGCCUUGGUUCGUCGAUAUUGAAGGCUUACGACGACGCCAUUGAAGACGGGGUCGACGUGCUCUCGCUCUCUCUUGGUGCUUCGGCGGCAUUUCAACCUGACUUGUACUCCGACCCCAUCGCUAUAGGGGCGUUCCACGCUGUGGAGAAGGGGAUUACCGUGGUGUGCUCAGCUGGGAACGAUGGACCAGAGCCGUCAACGGUUACCAACGCUGUGCCUUGGAUUUUGACCGUUGCUGCUACUACUAUUGACCGGGAUUUUGAAUCCAAUGUCUUGUUGGGCGGAAACAAAGUGAUCAAGGGAGGAGGCAUAAACUUCUCAGCUCUUAAAAAAACUGCUGAGUACCCAUUGAUAUACGCCAAGUCUGCCAAAAAAAGCGACGGGGAUGACGAUAGAGCCAGUAAUUGCCAAGAAGAAUCGUUGGACGGAAUAGCGAUUAAGGGGAACAUCGUUGUGUGUGAAAAGAAAGAUGGUUAUUCAACCUAUGACAAGAUAGAUACAGUGAAGAGUCUUGGAGGAAUAGGUGUUGUUAUCAUCGACGACGAAUCCAGGGCUGUCGCUGAUAAUUACAAAGCUUUUCCAGCCACUGUCAUCAGUUCAAAAGAUGCUACCAACAUCCUCUCCUACAUCAACUCGACCAAGAACCCAGUUGCUACAAUUUUGCCAACUGAGACGGUAACAGAGUAUAAACCAGCUCCUGCUGUGGCAUAUUUCUCGUCCAGAGGGCCUUCAUACAUUACCUCUAACAUGAUCAAGCCUGAUAUAGCAGCACCUGGUGUGAACAUUCUUGCGGCGUGGAUUGCCAACGACACAGAUGACACCCCUGCUGGUAAAGAUCCUUCACUAUUCAACGUUAUUUCAGGUACUUCCAUGUCAUGUCCACACGUCUCCGGUGUAGCCGCCACGGUCAAGUCCCAGCACCCCGAAUGGAGUCCCUCGGCAAUCAAAUCUGCUAUCAUGACAACAGCAAUCCAAACGAACAAUCUGAAAGCUCCAAUGACAACAAACUCCGGUUCUGUGGCAACACCCUUUGACUAUGGGGCAGGAGAAGUAACAACAGAAGGACCAUUACAGCCAGGGUUGGUUUACGAAACCACUAUUGUUGAUUACCUCAACUUUCUAUGCUAUUAUGGGUAUAACGAAUCGAAGAUUAAACUCAUCUCCAAAACCAUUCCUAACGAAUUUGCUUGCCCUAAAGACUCGAGCUCUGAUAAGAUAUCAAAUAUCAACUACCCCUCGAUAGCAAUCUCCAACUUCAAUGGGAGUGCGAGCAAGACUAUAAGCAGGGUCGUUAAGUAUGUUGGUGAUGGUGAAGCGAUUUUCACUGCUGCCACUGAGGCACCAAGUGGCUUAAACGUCACAGUGAAACCAGAAGAACUUAGAUUCAAGGGAUACAAUCAGACGUUGACUUAUCAAGUGACUUUCACAUUUCAUGGGGUGAUGGAAAAGAAUUCAAUGGGGGUAAUUUCUUGGACAAAUGAAAUGUAUAAUGUCCGUACCCCUUUUGUACUACUUCCCGGAAACUAGAUUUAAAAAAAAAAACAUAAAGCGACAAAUCAUUGUACUAUGGUCAAUUAGUAGUAAUGUAGUGGUAACCUAUGCUUAACUUCCAUAUUUUAAAUAAAAACAAAAACAAAAAAAAUUAGACUUUGACAUUUGCUAUGAUCAGCACAUAAUUAAACUAUGAAAGUGGGUGUCCAUUCUAAUGCAUAUGAGAAUAACCCAUGAAUUGAAGUUCGAUACGUGUAAAAAAAUAAAGAAGAAUCUACUUAAAGUAAUAGCACUAAAGUAAGAAUCUCACAUUCAGCUCCAUCACAAAAAAAAAUCUAUGGUCCAUGAUUCCAUCAGAUUAGCCUUGACAAUUAUGUAUAAAGAAGUAGAUGGAAGCUGUCUUGGAUAUAAGACAAUCCAAGCUUCAAUCAUGAACAUAGCAAAAUAUGAAUAAGUAAAGAAAAGAAAUGUGAAUAAAGAACAUCAUUUAUCACAUUCAUAUACUUGAAGAGAUCAAGAUAACAUCAUGAUGAUCAUCCCAGUAUCUAAAUUUAGAGAGGGGGAGGAAGAAGAUUUAUAGGAACAUGAAAUUCCACAGUUUUAAGGACUAAGAGGCUUUUCCCAUAAUGGAUUGAAAUAGCAUUCAGUAACCUCGACAUCCAAUUGAAAAA